GUGUUGGUGGCCUAUGAAUGGGGCUGAGCGUGCCCCCCACCACCACAGCUGCCUCUGCACCCGUGGGGACUAUGCGUUGCACAACCCUGAAUGCACUAGCCAGUGGUUUGCGAGAACAGGGAAGGGGGUGGAACGUCGGCAGGGGGUCAAGGGGGGCGCAGCAUGCCCCCUCCCUUCCGCAUCGCUGUGCUGGGGGCGCAGGGCGUGGGCAAGACUGCCAUCGUGCAGCGCUUCCUCCACGAUGACUACAGCGAGGCGCCUGUCCCGGCAACCAGCCGUGCCCGCCAGGUCCACCUGUCGGCUGCCGUGCUCAAUGGCCACGUGCACAACUUGCAGAUCACCGACUAUCCUGCAAUCACCAGCUUCCCCUGCAGCUCACUGCAGGAGUGGACAGACACCUGCUGCAGAGGAAUCCGCAGCGCUCACGUCUACAUCCUGGUCUAUGACAUCUGCUGCUUCGAUAGCUUCGAAUACGUCAAGACUAUGCGCCAGCAGAUCCUAGAGACCAGGGUGGUGGGCACAGGCGACACGCCCAUCCUGAUUGUGGGAAACAAACGGGACCUGCAGUGGGGGCGUGUCAUCCCCCGCCAUAACGUGUCCGACCUGGUUAGGAAGAACUGGAAGUGCGGCUACGUGGAGUGUUCAGCUAAGUACAACUGGCACGUGCUGCUGCUGUUUGGGGAGGCUAUGCGCAGUGUGGUCUGUGCCCACUGCAAACACGUCCAUGCCACCAUUCGCUUUCAACGGGCACUGAGGAACGAACGCUGCACCCUCAUGUGAUUUACUCAGUGAUGGUGGAUGGGCACCGGAGUGGCAUUGAGGGCCAUUGGUACAAUAAACCUCCUUAGGAACAGCUGAGAACUAUUGAUGAUCACUGUGACUGACUACCAUGACUGACCACAUUUCUGCCCAAUGUGAAACUACAGUAUUAAACACCCCUCUGUUUUGCUGCUGAUAUAUGACAUACUUGAUCAGAUGGAGAGUACUACCCUAUCCAUCUUUGUAAAGUGUCUUUGAUCUUUUCUUGAAUUGGAGGCAGUUAAACCAACAUAAACCCGUGGCUGUACAAUUUUGAACCCAUCCAAGUGCACUAAAGAAACUUUCCAGCAUCUGUUGUUUGACUAACCUGGGCGUUGAUCAAUGUAUGACAUUGCUAAUGUCAAAGCCCCCUUUGGAGUGGGACUGAGGCUGGCAUCUGCUGAUGCGGGGGCAGGCAGACGGAUCCUUCCGUUCCUGGGGCUCAGUGCAUUCUCUUUCUCUGCACUGAAAUGUCUUGAAGGUGCACACUGAAUGUAAAGUCCUUAAAGGUAGCAUUACGAAUUCCAUACCCAACCACUCAAACAAAACAAGCACAAACAAAGAACCCAACUGUCAUUCAAUUUAAGCCAAUCGCAAAAGACCCUCUCCUUCACGCCUUCGGAAACCAAAACAAACAACCAUAGGGACACAGUGUCCCACAGUGUUUAAUCUUCUAAUAGCUUACUAAACACUGACCGUCCUUACCAGAGAACUGUCUGUUUCAUUUACUGAGGACACAUCACUUUUUACCUCAGGGUUUCUAGUCCUUGGCGAAGGUAUAAACAAGCCUAGUGAAUUUCAAAGAGGAUGGUGAUAUGUUAUUUCGAGUAAUAUCACCAAAUCCAAUUAAACUUUUACGCUCCAACCGCAAACACAACCUUGUACAUCGUAAAUCUACAAUUGUAGAUGCACAUAAGGGUGUUUAACACAAUAUAAUGUGACAAAAUACUUUUGUAAGGCACUGGAUGUAUUGUAUAUAAAGUGGUAUUAAUUGUUCUCAACACAACAUACUCUAUUGUCAAAGUGGAAGAAGAUAAAUAAAAAUGUAUGACUAAAAUAGUCAUUGCAUAAGUGUUCAGCCCCUUUGUUUAGGCAAGCCUAAAUUAGUUCAGGAGUAACAUUUGGCUUAACAAAUCACAUAAGAAUUUUUAAUGACUAACCCUUCGUCUGUCCUCCAUAUAUACAACAUCUGUAAGGUCCCUCAGUCAAAUGGGUAACAAUAACAAAUCAGACAUUGAAUAUCUCUUUAAGCAUGGUCAAGUUAAUAAUUAUGCUGUGGAUUAUGUAUUAAACCACCCAGACUCAUCAAAGACACAGUUAUCCUUCUGAACUGGGCCACAGGACAGGAAUGAAACUGCUCAGGGAUGUCACCAUGAGGCCAUUGGGGAUUUUAAAACCGCUACAGAGAUCAAUGGCUGUCAUGGGAGAACACUGAGGAUGGCUCAACAACAUGACCUAAAUGACAGUGAAAAGAAGAAUUCAAAUAUACAGAAUAAAAAUAUUCCAAAACAUGCAACAAUGCACUAAAGCAAUACUGGAACAAACAGGAAAGGAAUACACUUUUUUCCCUAAAUGCAAAGCUUUACGUUUGGGUCAAAUCCAUCACAACACAUCACUAAGUAACUCCCUCCUUAUUUUCAAGCAUGGUGGUGGCUGCAACAUUGUAUGGGUAUGCUUAACAUCGGCAAAUACUGGGGAGUUUUUCAGGAUAAAAAUAAACGGGAUGGAGUGUGUUUGGACAGGCAAAAUCCUAGACAAAAACCUGCUUCGGGGCCUCACAAGUGGCGCAGCGGUCUAAGGCACUGCAUUGGAAUGUUGCGGCGUCACUACA